AUGGCGUCCUUUGAGCAGAUGGAUGCGAACCGGGAUGGUGUGGUCUCGAGGGAGGAGUUCAUGUUUGGCAUGAUGGACCAGAAUCAGGAUGGCCAGAUCUCCAGGGAGGAGUUUGCCGCGGCCAUGCGCGCGCCCAGUGCGCCGAUCCCGACCACCAUGGCGCCGGGCACCAUGACCUAUGGGGCUCCAGGUGCUAUGCCUGGAGGUGGAUACAUUGUGGAGCCGACCACCAUGCCACCCACCUACGGUGCUCCCAUGCCAGCACCAGGCGUGACAUAUGCAGCACCCACCAUGCAGGCGCCUCCUGUGACCUAUGCGGCUCCCAUGCAGUCCGUGCCAUACACGGCCGCCACUACACAGGAGCCACCCGUGACAUAUGCGGCACCUGUGGCCCAGAGUGCACCAGUGACCUAUGCCGCACCUGUCACCCAGGCGCCGAUCUAUGCGCAGAUGCCACCCGUGACCUAUGCGGCCCCAGCUGCACCGCAGCUGGUAGCACAUGAAGGCACCACCGAGACAGUGGUCACCGCCGUCGCUGAGCCCAUGGAUGCAACGCUCACGACGACGGGCGAGCCCACGCCGGUGACGACCAACACCUUGGCGCUGCAGCCGAAGCCACAGCCCUUGCAGACCAUGAGGGGAAGUACCACACAGGUUAAGAUCAACGUGGAUAGCGUGAAGGACGCCGAGAAGGCCUUCCUGGCGGGUGAGCACCGCCCACUGGUCCAGUCGGUGCGCGCGCAGGGGGAGGCCGAGUACAUUGCAGGCGUCAACAGCGAGGUGGACGCUCCUGCACAGGUCACGGUGCAGCGGCAGCAGGAGAUCGUGGCAGGUCAGCUGAUCCAAAAGGUGGUGGAGAUCCCCACUGUCCAGGAAGUGGUGGAAGAACAGGAGGUGCCAGAAGUGCAAGUGGUGAACAAGAUCAUCGAGGUCCCACAAGUUCAGACUCAAGAAAUCGAGGUGGUGCGAGAACAGGUGGUUCAUGUGCCCAAGAUCGUGGAACAGAAGCGCGUUCAGCAGCGCACAGUGGAGCAAGUGGUGGACAUUCCUAUCCCACAGGUGGUGGAAGAGAUUGUGCACGUGCCGGUGACGGUGCAGCAAACCCGGAGGUUCCAACAACCGGUGGAGCAGCUCCAAGAGGUUCCCAUUCCCAUGACGCAGGAGGAGGUCGUGGAGGUGCCGGAGAUCAUCACCCAGGUGCGUGUGCAGCACCAGCAGGUGGAGCAAAUCGUGGAGGUGCCGGUCCCCAUGAGGGAGGAGGAAGUGGUUCACGUGCCAAAGGUCAUCACCCGAACCCGAAUGCAACAGCAACACGUGGAGCAAUUGGUGGAGGUGCCAGUGCCCAUGACACAGGAGGAAGUGGUGCACGUGCCCAAGAUCAUCACGCAAACUCGUGUGCAACAACAGCAGGUGGUGGAAGAGGUUGAGAUCCCAGUACCCAUGCAGGAGGAAGAGGUCGUGCACGUGCCGAAGACCGUGACCCAAACUCGGUUGAAGCAUCAGCAGGUGGAGCAGACGGUCGAGGUGCCAGUCCCAAUGACUGAAGAAGAGGUGGUGCAUGUGCCCAAGACCGUGGUCCAGACCAGUGUGACCCACCAACAGGUGGAGCAACAGGUUGAGGUUCCAGUGCCGAUGCAAGAGGAAGAGGUGGUGCAUGUGCCCAAGACGAUCACGCAGACGCGGGUGAGGCACCAACAAGUGGAGCAAGAGGUUGAGAUUCCGAUCCACAUGACUGAAGAAGAGGUGGUGCACGUGCCGAAGACCGUGACCCAAACCAGGAUCAGACAUCAACAAGUGGAGCAGGAGGUUGAGAUUCCGAUCCACAUGACCGAAGAAGAGGUGGUGCAUGUGCCAAAGACUGUGACACAGACACGGAUCAAGCACCAGCAGGUUGAGCAGCAGGUGGAAAUUCCAGUUCACAUGCAAGAAGAGGAGGUGGUGCAUGUGCCCAAGACCGUGACACGCACCCGGGUCUCCCAGCAGCAGGUGGAACAGACGGUGGAGAUCCCGAUCCACAUGACUGAAGAAGAGGUGGUGCACGUGCCCAAGACCGUGACUCAAACCCGGAUCACGCACCAACAGGUGGAGCAAAGCGUGGAAAUUCCCAUCCCCAUGACCGAAGAGGAGGUGGUCCAUGUCCCAAAGACUGUGACACAAACCAGGGUUCGACAUCAGCACCUCGGCUGCCGCGUCCUGCCGCCGCGACCAGUCGCCACCUCGUCUCGCACCGGUUACCCAGAAGGUGGCCCCUCUGGUCAUGUGGGCGAUCCGUCAAGCGUGUGGCCGGUGGGAACGGCGAUCUGGAUCGUCAUGGAUGUUCCACGGGGCUUUAAAGGUCCAGUGACCCAAGGAAAAGAAGAGGAUGUGGAGCAGAGCGUGGAGAUCCCAAUCCACAUGACCGAGGAGGAAGUGGUGCACAUUCCCAAGGUGGUGACGCAGACCCGCGUUCGACAUCAGCACGUGGAGCAGCCUCUUGCUCGAAUGGCGGGCUUUUUGGGGGGCUUUCAGGUGGAGGGGGCCGGCUCGUGGAGGUUCCAGUGCAUCUCCCCCCCCAGCGCCGCGGCCGCCCGCGCGGGCGCCGUCGCGGGUGCUCCCCCCGCGGUGGCCGCCGGGCGCUGCGGCGCGGCGCCGGACCUGGCACCGGCGGAGCCCGUGGAGGGCGGCGGCGUUCAAACGGUGGAGGUACCGGUGCCCAUGACGCAGGAAGAGGUGGUCCAUGUGCCCAAGGUGGUGACGCAAACACGGGUGAGGCACGAGCAGGUGGAGCAAACCGUGGAAGUGCCAGUGCCCAUGACCCAAGAGGAGGUCGUGCACGUGCCCACUGUCAUCCAGCAGGAGCGUGUGUCCCAUGAACAAGUGGAGGAGACGGUGGAGGUGCCGGUUCCGAUGACCGAAGAGAAGGUGGUGCAUGUGCCGAAGGUCGUGGAGCAGGAGCGGCAGCACCACUUCCAUGUGGAGGAGGUCGUGGACGUUCCCGUCCAGCAGCAGGUGGAGACUGUGGUGCACGUGCCUGUGGUCAGCAAGUUGGAGCGCAUCAUCCACAACCCGGUGGAUUUGGAGGUGGAAGUGCCCCGGCCCAUCGUCGUGGAGAAGUGCAUCGAAGUCCCGAAGAUCCAGGUGGAGGAGAGGACCGUGCGAGUGCCGAAGAUCGUGAACACCGUGGUGGAUCGCAUCGUUCAGCAUCAGAUCGAGACGGUGGAGGUUGUGAAGCCCACGGUGGUGCACAAGGUCGUUCAGAGGAAGAAGCCCGUGGUGCAGGAACGAGUGCAACACGUGCCCAAGGUCAUGGUGCAACAAGUCCCCGUGGAGAAGGUGGUGGAGAGACAGGUGGAAGUGCCUCAGAUCCAAUAUGUGGACGAGGUGGUCGACGUCCCCAUGGUGAAGCACCGUCACGUGCCCACCGUGGUCAAGCAGACCAAGGAGGUGGAAGUUCCUCAAGUGGAGUACGUGGACGAGCACGUGGAGGUUCCAGUCAUCAAGCAGGUCCACGUGCCCACGAUUCAGAAGGUUCAGCGGACGGUCAAGGUGCCACAGAUCCAGUGGGAGGAUCAGAUUGUGGAGGUGCCCGUGACCAAGCAGGUGAACGUGCCAGUGAUUGAGAAGGUGCAGAGGAUUGUGGAGGUGCCAGAGUUCCAAUACGAGGAUCAAAUCGUGGAAGUGCCAGUGGCCAAGCAGGUCCAUGUUCCGAUGGUCCAGAAGGUUCAGAAGAGUGUGGAUGUGCCACAGAUCGAAUAUGAGGACAAGGUGGUGGAAGUUCCCGUGCAGAAGCACGUGCGUGUGCCCAUGAUUCAGAAAGUGCAGAAGAUUGUGGAUGUGCCGCAAAUCGAGAUCGAAGAGCAGAUCGUCGAAGUUCCUGUGGCCAAGCACGUUCAGGUGCCCAUGAUUCAAAAGAUUCAGAAGAUGGUGGAAGUGCCGCAAGUGGAGAUUGAGGAGAAGGUUGUCGAAGUGCCCGUCCGCACCAAUGUGCAGGUGCCCAUGAUUCAAAAAGUGCAGAAGAUGGUGGAAGUGCCGCAGAUUGAGAUCGAAGAGCAGGUGGUCGAGGUUCCUGUGCACAAGCACGUGCAAGUACCCAUGAUCCAAAAGGUUCAGAAGAUGGUCCACGUGCCGCAGAUCGAAAUUGAGGAGCAGAUUGUUGAAGUGCCAGCGGUGAAGCACGUACGGGUACCUAUGGUUCAGAAGGUGCAGAAGGUGGUAGACGUUCCUCAAAUUGAGAUUGAAGAGCAGAUUGUGGAGGUUCCCGUGCAGACGCACGUUCAGGUGCCCAUGAUUCAGAAGGUUCAGAAGAUGGUAGAUGUGCCGCAGAUCGAAUACGAGGACAAGGUCGUUGAGGUCCCAGUGGCCAAGCAUGUCCAUGUGCCAAUGAUUCAAAAGGUCCAGAAGAUUGUGGAUGUCCCUCAAGUGGAGAUCGAAGAGCAAGUGGUCGAGGUUCCGGUGCAGAAGCACGUGCAGGUGCCCAUGAUUCAGAAGGUUCAGAAGGUCGUGGAUGUGCCACAGAUCGAGAUCGAAGAGCAGGUGGUUGAGGUUCCAGUGGCCAAGCAUGUCCAGGUGCCCCUGGUGACGAAGGUGCAGCGAAAUGUGGAGGUUCCUCAGGUGGAGUAUGAUGACCAAGUGGUCGAAGUGCCCAUUCAGAAGCAGGUGCACAUUCCCUUCCAGCAGGUGCACGUGCCCAUCGUUGAGACGGUGCAACGGUCCGUUGAGGUGCCACAGGUGGAGUAUGUGGAUGAAGUGAUGCAGAUCCCAGUGGCCAAGCAGGUGAACGUGCCAAUGGUCUCGACGGUGCAAAAGACCGUGCAGGUUCCGGAAGUGCAGUACGUCGACAAGGUGGUGCAGGUGCCGGUGACCAAACAGGUGAACGUGCCAAUGGUGACUCAGGUGGAGAAGAUCAUUGAGAUCCCACAGGUGGAGUACAUGGACAAGCACGUCCACAUCCCCGUCCAGAAGCAUCGAUCGGUGGUGGUGGAAGUGCCCGUGGAGAAGCCCAUUGAGGUGAACGUCAUCGAAACCACCGAGAAGGUGAUUGAUGUGCCAGUGGUGAAGCAGAUUGCAGUGCCGCAGGUUCAGACCAUCGAGAAGACGGUCGAGAUCCCCUUCGUGCAGGUGGUGGAGAAGGUGGUGGAGGUGCCUCAAGUGGGUUCCACCACCCAGGGCAGUGUGAGGGAAGAGCACGUGCCCACCGAGACCAAACGCGAGGAGGCGCCAGCUCAAGUGGUGCAACAGGUCUUGGCCGGUCCGGCUCACCCGGUGGAGUACGUCACGGAGGAGGCGCCCUACGGGCACUUUCCGCUGAGGAUUGCGCCGAAGGAUGGCUUCACCGACGGCCUGGCCACUGUGACCAAGGCCACGGGCCAAGCGAAGGGUCGCUUGGGUCUGGGACUGCAUGUGGCCUCCUAUCAGAGCGAGGAAGAGGUGGCCCAGUGGCCUGUGGAACCUUUGGCGCAGGAUCUCGAGGUGCAGGACAUUGAUGCCCACCAGUUCUUCCGCAUCAUCGUCAAGCGCGUGCGCUUCGCGUGCGAAUUUCUGCUGCGCAGCCGCUUUGAUGAGCCGGUGAGGAGAUGCCCCUUCGUGGUCAAGUCCUCCACGGGGUCCGUCGUGGCGAGGGGCAUCAGCAGCGAGCUGGGGGUGGCGUCCGUGGAGUUGCCGAUGGGGACGAUGACCCUCCAGCUGGAGCCUGAAGCCACGUCGGCCUUCGUGGCCACAUCCUUCGAAGUCAAGGUCAAUGAGCAAGGGGACUUCAUGCCGCUUCGACAGGAGGUCGAGACGAAGUCGGUGAAUGUCCAUUUCAGUCUGAUCACGCCCGAUGGCGAGCCAGCUCCUCACUGCGACUUUGAGCUGAAGCCUCGCUUCGCGCCCGACGGGACGGCGGCGGAGGCCUUGAGCCUUCGUCCGGAAGCGCAGGGGACGGUGCCGAGGGCGGUCUCGGCGGUGCGACCGAGACAUGUGACUUCGGGGCAGUUCACUUCGUUUUGGUCGCUCUGGAUUCGCCCAGCCCACGCCCUAUAG